AUGGCGGCCCUCAUUGAUGCCACCGCAUCGCCCGCGGCACCCCACGAACCCCCAUAUACCUACACCGCCAAUAACGGCUACCACCAGACCGACGAGAUCCCCGCCGAGCUGCGCACACGACAGGAUGCCCCGCAGUCGACUGAACACGACGACGAGGACCUCGACGACAUCUUCCAAGAAGACGACGAUUACGACGACGACGCCAACGAUGUAGACACCGGGGACUGGGACGGCGCCUCGGGCGACCUGACCAAGUCCUACAACCGCCAGCGGCAGCACAACCCUAACGGAGGCGUGCCCCUCGCCCGCGGCAACCAGCAGAAGCCCUCGGCCAACACAUUUGCCAGCAUCGACGACCAGGUCUCGGCGCUCUCCAAGCACGCCGGCAAGAUCCGCCUCGACGACGUCAAGCAGACCGAGGACAAGACCAAGGACAAGGCCGACCGCGCCACCAGCGAGCAGGUCCUGGACCAGCGCACGCGCAUGAUCCUCCUGCAGAUGAUCAACCGCGGCUUCGUCAGCGAGGUCCACGGCGCCAUCAGCACCGGCAAGGAGGCCAACGUGUACGGCGCCGUCCACAUCGACGACGCCACCGGCGCGCCCACCCACCGCGCCAUCAAGGUCUACAAGACGGCCAUCCUCGUCUUCAAGGACCGCGAGCGCUACAUCACCGGCGAGCACCGCUUCCGCGGCGGCUUCGACAAGGGCAACAACCGCAAGAUGGUCAAGCUGUGGGCCGAGAAGGAGUACCGCAACCUGCGCCGCAUCCACGCCGCCCGCAUCCCCUGCCCGGAGCCCCUCGCCCUCAAGCUGCACGUGCUCGUCAUGGGCUUCCUUGGCGACCACAAGGGCUGGGCGUACCCGCGCCUGCGCGAUGCCGUCCUCACCGGCGAGCACCUUGACGACCAGUGGCGCCGUCUCUACGUCCAGUGCCUUGGCCUGAUGCGCCGCAUGUACCAGGUCUGCCGCCUCGUCCACGCCGAUCUGAGCGAGUACAACAUCCUCUACCACGACGGGCAGCUCUACAUCAUUGACGUCUCGCAGAGCGUCGAGCCCGACCACCCGCGCUCGCUCGAGUUCCUCCGCAUGGACAUCAAGAACGUCGGCGACUUUUUCCGCCGCAAGGGCGUCGAUACGCUCGCCGACCGCGCCAUCUUCGACUUUAUCACCGCCGGCGCCGGCCCCACAGAGGAGCCCGCCAUGUCCGCCGCCAUCGACACGUUGUACGAGAGCAACGUGGCCGCCGAGGACGAGGACCACGCCGCGCGCAUCGAGGUCGACAACGAAGUCUUCCGCAACCAGUACAUCCCGCAGACGCUCGAGCAGGUCUACGACAUUGAAAAGGACGCCGCCAAGGUCCGCAUGGGCCAGGGCAAGGACCUCGUCUACAGCAACCUUCUGGCCGAGCAGGUCGUCAAGGACAAGGCCGGCGGCGAGGACGGCGCCGACGCCGACGCGGAGGGCUCCGGGGAGGGCGUCUCCCUCGGCAGCAGCUCCGACUCCGACUCUGACGAGGACGACGAGAGCCGCUUCGAAAAGGGCACUCCUCGCGGCCGUCGCUUCGAGGACAAGAACGAGAAGCGCGAGCACAAGCAGGCCGUCAAGGAGGCCAAGCGUGAGAAGCGCAAGGACAAGAUUCCCAAGCACCUCAAGAAGCAAAUGGUGUCUAGCACGUCUCGAAAGAAGAAAUAA